UUUUUCUACAGUAAUAAUAUUUUCAGAAAAAUAUGUUAAAUGUUGGACAGAUCUCAGUUCUUAGUUUAUUCUUCAAACCAGGAGACAGUCACGAAGCCGGUGAUAUGGAGACUGAACCUGGGAUAGGCUGGAUUGAAUCCUUGCUGAUUUACGCAGCAAGAGAACCCUUCUCCUUCCUCUACUACGUGCUCCUCAUGCUCUCCCCAUUGUUCUGCUUGAGCGCGUAUCUCUCCUGGAAGCUCAGUCAGCAAAUUGAAAAGAAGGAGCAGAAGAGAAGAAAGAAAAUAAAGAAAUCAGAUUGAAAGUUUGAAAUCAUUUCUUAGAGCUUUUUCUAAACCUUUUGAUAUUAAAUUUGUGAUUCUUUUUUGUUCCUCUGUAUCAGCAAAGUUUAAUGUUUCCACCAAGGUUUGUAAAAGUAAGGAGUCGGUAGAAAAUGGCGUUUUUCUGGUUGUUUGUUUACAUGUUAACACGUUGCAGUACAACUUUUAUCAGUACUGCGUUGUGUUGUAAGCAAACUGACUACAAUGAAUCCAUCUUUAAGGAACUGUAAACGUAAUUUCAAGUGACCCUCCAUGCAAAGAAGGCGAUUCUCUAUUUACUUUGUCUGAUCAAGUCUGAAAUAGAUAUUCAUGUAAAAACGACGUUAUCUUCACAUGUUUGAUCAUAUUAAGGUUUCAAGGAUACCGUUAGAAAUCGGAAAAUGCCACCUUUUCAUGGAGGGUUUACUUAAAAUUACGGUUACAGUCCCUUUAAUCACGUUUUGUAAAUAAAAUUACUUACUUACCCUCUCUUAACUUUAUACUUUCAAAUACUAGCUUUUUGUAUUAUUUAUGUGAAGUACCUUAAUCAUAGCUUCAUUUAGUUUCCAGUUAGGAUUUCCCAGCCAACGUUAGGGAAAUAUAUGUAUUUAAAAAAUAAUGAUGUGAUAUUUUACAAUUUUAUAUUAAAUUCUAGUUCAUUCUUUUCAA